AUCCAAUUCAGACGAUACAUACCUCAACACAAACGACCAUUCACUUCCAUAAUGUUCUCCCUCCGAACCGUCGCCCGAACUCAGGUCCGAUCCCUCCGAGUCGCCCCCGCCAUGUCUGCCCGCGGAUACGCCGACAACGCCGGCAACGCCGCCUCUUCCGGCGGUGGUGACAGCUUCAAGAACAAGGAGCAGGCCGAGGAGGCCGUCUACUUCCGAAAGCAGGAAGCCCUGAAGUUGGCCAAGGCCAAGGAGUCGCUCGCCAAGAACGAGGACGAGAGGAAGAGGUUGGAGAAGGAGCUCAAGAACCUCGAGGCCAAGUCUGCCUAAACCUGUCUGCUCGUAAUGAAUGGAGAAAUGUCGUUGGGAUCCCAUGCUAAAUGAAUAAGAUACAAAUUCGAA